AUGGCGUUUCUUUCCUCCUCUUCUCCCCACGUCGCGGGUCGGACACGUCGUGCCCCGCCCCGGGUGAACACUGACUCGACGUUUAUCUGCCUCCCUCUCUCUCUCCCUCUUUGUGUGUGUGUGUGUAACUGUCGUUAUCAAGUCCAACGGUCAGUGUUCCUGCACCGGGACUCCUGCACACUGCAUCCCGGGCUCGGAGCGUGCUGACUGGGGGGUUUGAAGCCAACCGUGCACCGUCCCCGGAUCGAAGGAAAAGUUCUGCAGGUGGAGGAGGGGGGUGUGUGUAGAGAGAGCGAGAGAGAGAGGAGUAUCAUGUCGGGACUACCGGGAUUCGUGAACCCGUUCCCCAGGCCCCGGUGUCUGGCGGCGGCUGCGGCUCCGUUGGGGAAAGCCAAACUCACCCACCCGGGGAAGGCGAUCAUGGCGGGAGGCAUCGCGGGAGGCAUCGAGAUCUGCAUCACCUUCCCCACCGAGUACGUGAAGACGCAGCUGCAGCUGGACGAGAAGGCCAACCCCCCCAAAUACAAAGGAAUCAGUGACUGCGUGAAGCAGACGGUGAACGGUCACGGGGUGAAAGGUCUGUACAGAGGACUGAGCUCCCUGGUGUACGGGUCCAUACCCAAAGCUGCUGUCAGAUUCGGGGUGUUCGAGUUCCUCAGCAACAAGAUGCGCGAUGAAAGUGGAAAGCUAGACAGCAAGCAGGGGUUGCUGUGCGGCCUCGGCGCCGGCGUGGCGGAGGCCGUGUUCGUGGUCUGUCCCAUGGAGACGGUGAAGGUGAAAUUCAUCCACGAUCAGACAUCGGCAAACCCAAAGUUCAAAGGCUUCUUCCACGGAGUGAAGGAGAUCAUAAGAGUUGAAGGCCUGAAGGGGACGUACCAGGGCCUCACCGCCACCGUGCUGAAGCAAGGCUCCAACCAGGCCAUCCGCUUCUACGUCAUGACCUCCCUGAGGAACUGGUACAAAGGCGACGACCCCAACAAGGCCAUGAACCCUCUGAUGACCGGGUUGUUCGGGGCCGGCGCCGGCGCCGUCAGCGUGUUCAGCAACACGCCGCUGGACGUCAUCAAGACCCGGAUGCAGGGUCUCGAAGCCCACAAGUACAAAAGCACCAUGGACUGCGCCGUCAAGAUCAUGAAGCACGAAGGCCCGAAGGCGUUCUACAAAGGCACCGUCCCUCGGCUUGGUCGGGUCUGCAUGGACGUGGCCAUCGUCUUCAUCAUCUACGAGGAAGUCGUGAAGGUCCUCAACAAAGUUUGGCACACGGACUGAACCGCCGCGUUGAUGAGUUUGAUAUCAUCUACCUCAGAGGAGGGAGGGAUCGGUAUGUUCUCUUGAUUUUAAUUGACAGGUGGAAGUCUCAUCUGCAUAAAAACAACAACAAGCGCCAGAUUGAAGAGUCGCUUCUUCCACUUGCUAUUUUUUUAAUCUUAAAUUUCAAAAGGGGGGCUGGGGGGGGGGGCUCAGGGAAUGUUUUACAUAGUUAAUAUAAAGAGGAACCAAGACCCGACGCAAUGUGACGUAGACGCUGUUAUACUUGAAAUGAGAGAUUGUACCAGAUGAUUUUUAUUUCUCCUGAAAGACGUAUUUUGAGAACCGUUAUUUCCCCCGUGUGUCCAGACGUCUCCGACCGCGACGUUAAGAACCGCCUUAACUCGCCGUUAAUUCAGAUUGUGGGAUCAGGAUUUUAUUCAUGAUGUUACACAACCUCCUUUUUAGAAAUGCACAUUUCUACUGAACACUUGCGUUCACUUUUAGGAUGUUUUAAAUCUAUGAGAAAAAAAAGUGCCUAAUGUGUUGUUUGCGAUGAGAACGGGUUAAUGUUGGUUCACGGUGUUUUUAAUGACGGUGCGGUGGUGCCGGAGGUUUGAUUCCAGGUGUCAUGAGGUAUUUUUUUUGUGUUCGUAUCUUCUAAAUUCACCGAAACUGAAACUGCUUUUUAAAUGAAUCUUUUUUUUCUUCUUUUUUUUCUUUUCAAAGUGCCAUUAAUAUUAUUAAUAGUGCCUACUGUCUCAUUCCAGGAAGGACGAGUGCUCGAGGGAUAGACUUUUAUUGCAGAUUGUGUUUUUAAAAUGUUAAACUUUUUAAUUAUUGCAUUUUUACUCUUUAUGCCAACUGAAGAGCCGAUGUGCCAAUCGCUGCUCGAAGGAUCGUUUGCUCUGCUACGUUUUAAAUAAAUAAAUAAAUAUACACUUUUAUUAUUUAUUUACAGAUGUUUAUCCAGCUUGUAGACUCAAAGCAACCUUUAAAUAUCUGAGAGGACGGCAGUGAAACAAGUUUUGUGCCUUCAGUCUAAUUCAUGCUAACAAGUAUUCUCUCAAAUAAACAUUUGAUCAGAGCGUU